AUGGACACUUCCGAACCGGAAGAAUACAUAACGUUGCGUCCAAGCACGAGAAAUUACGCGGAAUUUUUUAAUAAACGCUUAAAUCGCCCUUAUAGUUGUACGAGAUACGCUGAUCCCAACGAUUGCGAUUGCGACGAUGUUAAAAGCGAUAUGGUCGGAUUCACGGAUUUUUGGAAAAUUCGAUUAAAUCUGACAACGAUGCGAAUUGUUGAUGAUGAUUUUACCUUUUCAACGAGUGCCUCGAAUCGGCAGAAAUACGGGAGAGCGGGGGAUUGUUAUAGCGACAUCGAGGAUUGCAUCGAGGGGAGUUUUUCGGUCGAUUUAACCGGGACUUCGUUUCGGAUAUCCGACGUGGUGACGUGGUUUUCCCAUGGAAAUUCCGCGCGACACCACAUUCAUAAAAUGGACGGAAAUCGGAGGGUUUAUGGGAGAUGCGGAGGAAAUUGCGGGUAUUGUUUACCCGAUCCCAAAAACGGAUUAUUGGUUGAAGUGACUUAA